AUGACUACCCGCUAUCGUGUUGAAUAUGCUCUCAAGUCUCACCGUCGAGACCAAUUGAUUGAAUGGAUUAAAGGCCUCCUGGCCGUCCCCUUCGUGCUGCACUCGCAGCCCACCGCCGUCUACAAGGAACACAGUGAGAACCUGAUCGCCGUAGCGGCCGACACGCACCAACGCUAUGCGGAGAUCUUCCGCGACGUGGAGAUGCUCAUCCGCGACCACAUAACCCACCAAGAAGACGACGCCCCGGGGAAAUCCAAACUCAAACUCCUAGUCCCCACCGUAGGCACCUUCUUCACCCCCUUAUACCUGGUCGACGCCUUCCGCCACCAAGACGCCCAACGCUUCAUCAGCCGCCGACGCUUUGUGGCCCCUUCUUUCAACGACAUCCGUCUCAUCCUCAACUCAGCCCAACUUCUCGGCCUGGCCCGCACCACCGGCGUCGACCUCGUCACCUUCGACGGAGAUGUCACUCUCUACGACGACGGCGCCUGUCUCACGGACGACAACCCCGUGAUUCUGCGCAUUAUGCGACUCCUCCUGCAAGGACAGAAAGUCGGCAUCGUCACGGCAGCGGGCUACACCGACGCCGCAAAGUACUACGAGCGACUCAAGGGGUUGCUCGAUGCGAUGUACGAGUCAACCGAGAUGACAGAUGCCCAGCGCGCCGGACUGGUCGUCAUGGGCGGAGAGAGCAACUUCCUCUUCCGGUAUGACCAUGCCUCCCCCUCGAAGUUGAGUUAUGUGCCCCGUGAAGAGUGGCUAUUGGAGGAGAUGAAGACGUGGCAGGAGGGGGAUAUCACGCAGUUGUUGGAUAUUGCCGAGUCAUCGUUGCGCGCGUGCGCGAGUAAUCUCAAUCUGCCGGUCGCGGUGUUGCGCAAAGAUCGCGCGGUCGGAGUGUAUCCCACGGAGAGAGGGAGGAUUAGUCGCGAGCAGUUGGAGGAGACGGUGUUGGUGGUGCAGAAUACCGUCGAGCGGUCGGAGGUGGGGGCUAGAUUGCCCUUUUGUGCUUUUAACGGCGGCAAUGAUGUGUUUGUGGAUAUUGGUGACAAGUCAUGGGGUGUGCGCGCAUGUCAGCGCUACUUUGGGGGGAUUGAGCCGGCGCGGACACUGCAUGUUGGCGAUCAGUUCUUGUCGGCGGGAGCGAAUGAUUUCAAGGCCCGACUGGCAUCGACGACAGCGUGGAUCGCAAGUCCCGCCGAGACAGUGCAGCUCCUGGACGAGCUGCAAGGGAUAUAA